UUCCGACACCAGACUGAGGCUGACGUGUGUGGAAGACUUUGAGCGGCGUGUCCUGGCGCGUGAAAGGGCGUUUGUGAUCAUGAGUUUGAGUCAUGGAUUUUCCAAGGUAGACAAGUCAUCAGAUCCGCUGUUUGGCUGCUUCAUAUGUUCCACUCGAUUUCCUGGAAGGUUCAUUCGUCUUGUCAAAACUAGUAAACCUUCACAGUCGUCAUCUCAUGAGGAAGAGUACUUUCCCUUUCUCAGUAUUCAAUGGAGCUCACGAUCAGUGGGUGACUCUCAGCCUGCUCCUGCAAGCGAAGUCCCAUGCUGUGUGUUUUGCUGUAAGGAUCUACAUGAGCAGUGGGUGAUGUACAACAAGAGAGAAACACCAAUAGAUAAGAGACAGUAUCAGACGAGAAGAAAUAUUCACCAAGUACAGAAAGAUGGCUCUGGUGUGUGUUACCUUUGUGGAAGCAUUUCUCGGCUGUCCACAAUGUAUCGUCUUUCCAUUAGUUACUACCCUUUUCUUUCCAGCUACCCUUUGCCAUACGGUGCAUCGGAUACCGAUUUGAAAGGUCGGGUUGUGACAUGUGAACCUUGCCGAUCGAUGCUGUACACUCAAUGGAAUCGAUUUGAAACGGAACAUGUGCAGGAGCCGAACCGUGUGUAUAGGAUUAAGAUAGGAAGCAAUGAGGUUCGAGUCUCAGCCACGUCACUUCCACCAAGGGUGAAGGUGAUUGAGCCAGGUGUUGUCGGAUCACUGCAAACGGUCACAAAACCUCAGCCUAGUGCAAUGGUGCAUGCCACAUCAGUAUUGGGACAGAAAUCGGCUCACAUUCACAGCCAAGCACCAGUGGUUUCUACAUCUCAAGUGUUUGGCAGGAAAGUGACUGGUGUGCCUAUUUCUAUAGUUCUAUCAACGCAGGGUUUACAGAAAGGACCUAUCAUUUCUAGUGCAUCUGGGCCAGCCAAUCGGAUUAUUGGAGUAAACAGAAAACAGUUACCCCAAGGCAAAGUUUCUGGAAACAUGUCAUCAUCACUGACUCAAAAGCCUGCUAAUAGUUCGGCUCACCUGAUGCAAUUGUCUGGACCGCCCACAAUCACAGGAACAGAACAAGUCUCAAAUGUUCGAUUGGUUUCUCUGUCAGACAAUACUGGCGAAUCAAGAGACAUCAAUCCUGAUGGAAUGUCUGAGCAGCCAAAAGGAACAUGCUAUUUGUGUGGCAUACAUGUUUCCUUAAAUCUACUGAGCUUGGUGUCUACCAUUUACAAUGAGUCAGACGUCGGCGUGUCAUCAUUCUACUCAUUUCUAUGGAAGCUCCCACCUGCUGUUAGUGCUCAACGUCAUGAUGGCUUAGGAAGAGUAUAUGUUUGCAUCGACUGCCAUGCAAAUCUUACGGUACUCGAGCGUGUCCAUAGUAUUAAGUCUACAGAUGGUAUUUCUGAUGUAGUUCUUAAUGACGUUGCUUGCUUUCGAUGUGGUGCAGUUUCCGGCAAGGAUAAGUUGUGGUACUUGUCAUGCCGGCUUACAAAAUCCGGUAUUCCAUAUUUUCCUAGUUUGUAUAAUGCACCUCGAGCACAAGGUUCUCGACCAGUUGACAAGAACGGUCGACUAAUAGUUUGUUUUUCGUGUCGAGACGAAUGCUAUGUGAAAUUUUAUGAGUACUGGAGACAAAAUGUUAAUGUUGAGGCUCGGAGUUAUCUUCCAAAUUUUUGCUGCUACAUGUGUGGUGCUAAUUGCCAAGGUGAUGUGAUGAAGUGGAUUUCUUCAUAUCCGAAUGAUCAGACUGGUCAACAGGACUGCUACCCGUUUAUUCUAAAUUUGAAGCCAAUGCGUGGCACUGCAAUGAUGAAUCGGAAUGGCUGUGCAUUAGUCUGUGGUCCUUGCAAAGAUCAUCUCUAUGCCCAGUUCUUGACAAUGGAGCAGGCACGUGUACCACUACGAUUCAGAUCAUAUAUGGUGAAUGGUCGAGUCUUUCAGCCACCUGCAGAUAUUCCAAAGUCUAUUGCCAGUCAAGCAACUUUCAUUAAUCUAUCAUCAUCGUUAUCAUCUAGUCAUUCUGCAAUAAGCGCGACGACAACAACAAGCAAGUCAGACUUAAUGAUGAUGUCUCAUUCUCAGGCAUUGUCUACUUCUAUUCCAGCUGUAUCAGCAUCUGCUUCUCAAUCAGGUUUGCUGGUGAAAAAAGAUCUUGCCAUUCAAAACAUUCUCAACUCUCAACCAAAGCUUGCACCGAAGCCUGUCUCGGGUGAACUGGAAUUGGCGGGGCCUCCUGCAAGCUCACUUUCAUCACAUCUGUCGACUGUUUUUUCAUCUGAAGUGAAUAUUGGUGCAAAUGUUUCGCCGGCUGUGAAGUCAUUCAUAAUUAAUGUUUCAGCGCCAGGUCAAAGUGGGAAGUCAUUUGUUCAAACGACAACUACAAACACACAUGUAACAGAAACACUGUUGUCAAGUACAACGGGUACCUCUCAGGUUGUCACUGAACAAGAGAAGCAGCAACGUCUGCAGGAACAGCAACAUCGAUUUCGCACCCAAAUUGAUAAACUUCAACAGAUCUUGUCUCAACGAUCUCAACAGCUUGGUAGUUUAUCAAAAGAUGAAGUAGCACCGGAUGCUAAUGAAGAGGCAGUAGGAGAACAAGGCACACCUGAUGAAAGUGAUAAUACGGUUACUUCUUGGAAACAUGACUGUAGUGAGGCUUUGGUCCAGACACAGAAUCAUGCCAAAGCUGUUGCAAAACACAGUGAAGAAAAAUUGACCUUUUUUCAUGGUGUUGGUUUGGUUGCUAAAGAGGAGAUUGAUCGUGCGAAGAAGUCUUCAUCAGUAGUUGUCAGCUACCCAUUUAUUGAAGAACCAAUACCUGUCGACAGUGCUGAUGAAGGUGGUGUCACAGCAGGGAUGACGACUAGAAACAGAAUGCGAUUAAUGAGGAGCAACCAAUUUUACUCUGUCAAUGAAGUGGAUGGUGACCUUACACCACCAAGAAUUGAUCAAGCUGUCAACUAUCGAAGAUUGAUUAGUUCGCGGAGCGGAUUUCACGUGCUGUCUCAAAAUGAGGACAUGGAUCAUUUUGAAACUGAACCACGUGCUAAGCGUGCUUGUUACAACAUAAAUGAGAAGAGGUUGAAUGAAAGGCAUCGUAGGCAGAAGCUGAUCGCAGGACUGGAGACCAACCAAAGGAGUAGACAAAAACGAAAGAGAAAAGAGACCAGUCAGAGUAUGGCUGGUGUUGUCUGUUGUAUAUGCUCUGGAAGUGGUGGUGCUACAUGCAGUGGUUGUAACCAGUCGUAUCAUUCUGAUUGUUUGGAUCUACAAGGGACUCAAAUUUUCCCAGUUGGGCAAUGGCUAUGCCCUAGAUGCACAGACUGGGCAAGUCAAGGUCCUGGACCUGAUGCAAUUCGUUGGCCCGGUGUACUCUCAAUUGUUCGUUCAGUCUACACUCUUUCUGCAGAACGCACUGCUGAGUCAAGAUGGUUGCAUGGUAGCAUUAAAUCUUUGGAGGUUGAACGGGCAAACCUUGGAAAGGAACUUGAUCGUUUGACAAGACAAGUUAUGGAUUUGAUUGGUAGCAAGAACGAAGGAGCAGAGGCAGAUACACGUUUGAGUAGAGAAUACAGCAAAUUGACUGACAUGCUCAAACAGCUAAGACGACUCUAACUAACCGUAUUGGCUGAUACAGACAACCUAUUAAUUAAGAGUUGAACCUACAUGGUGCCUUAGACCUUAAUAACACUUUGACCGAAGGAAACGUUAGCAGAAGUAAUACUGAAACCAUGUAUAAUUUAUGUCACAAGGUGUAUAAUUUUUUGACUAAACAGUUUGGAUAAUUGGUCACAUUUUUAUGGAAAUAGCAUAAAGUAGACACGUUGGAGGAGUCUGAUUGGACGUGAAACUGUCGAGGAGGGAGGGUAGCUACAAGUCAUAUACACAUUUAUGUUUUGUCUAUUCACCAGGAGUGAGACUGAAGAAACAUCUCACUGGUGUAGAUUGCAGAUGAUGAUCAGAGAAUCAGAUAGGUUGGCGGAUUUACCGUAUUUGUUAGAGAUAUUUCUCUGUUUGAAAUUAUGGAUCUCACGAGUGUCUUCUUAUUGCAGAUACGUAAAAAAAGUAUUCAUGACAUUCAGGUAACACACAGCUAAAAUGGGAAGAAGAGGUUCUCGGGCACCCUGGAAACCCUUUGAGAUAUGGCAGCCUCUAAUUCAAUCAUAAGGCCCACUAUGAGACACUGCCACUAGACAUCCAGAAAGCAAAUCUCAUUCUUUCGUCUCGUGUCUUUAACUUGCCUGCCUAGGCUUGCUGUACGUUUUUUGAUUGCAAGUAGACUUCUCAGAGUCUGACCGCUCACUACAACAGUCUCACGUUAAAUUUUUAUUUCAUUGUACCACAUCUAGAGUUCUCGUUAGUAGA